AUGUUAGAAGCAGUAAGAUCUGGUGGGAAAAUUCCUGAACAAGCAAAUAUGUCUAAUUGUAUGUCACUACGUGAUUUAGCCGCCGAGUAUAAAGGGAAGGGCCAGGAAGACGACAUAAAGAAGCAGCUGAUGAAAGAGGAAAUUUUAAUUCGAAUUCAGGAAACAACGAAGUUGAUACAUGAAACGUCUUCAAAACCAGUAGAUGAAAGUAAUGGAGGAAGCAAUAGUGAAAGCGGCCAUAUUGAAAAAAUGGAGUGGGAUUCGCUAUAUGAGCUGUCAGCCAAUGUCAUGGAUGAUUACACAAGACAUGUGGAUUCCAUUCUUGCAGAUUUGGAUCAACUGUACCAAAAGCAAUACCUAUGGCAGGAAUCCGCCUUUGUGAUAGACUCCCAUAGAGGGGCAGCGGUUAUUGGCAAAGCUGAGGGAUGGAUGAAACUGAAGGAGCAGCAUUUAGAUCACAAGCUCGAAGAAUUCGAAAGGUCCGCAAGUGUUAUCAAAAGCACUAUAGAGAGACUCACUACAGGAAAAUGA